CACAACGAAGCUCUUCCCAGGCCAUGCGAAAUGCCGCCAUGGCAAGCCGGGGCCGCGGCGGCGCGGCCGGCAGCCAUGACAGCGGCCGCGGCCGCCACGGCCGCCGACCACUUCGCGCGGCUCCUGCAACUCAGCCAGACCGCUGUCAACCCGUCCGCAGGCCGGGCCAUCCACGCGCACGCCGUCAAGGCGGGCCUCCUCGUCAGCGCCUACCUCUGCAACAACCUCCUCUCCUACUACGCCAGAGCGGGCGUGGGUCGUGGGUGCUUUCACGAGGCGCGGCGCCUGUUCGACGACAUUCCGUACGCGCGGCGGAAUGCGUUCACGUGGAACUCGCUCUUGUCGAUGUACGCCAAGUCCGGCCGCCUAGCUGACGCCCGCGUCGUGUUCGCCCAAAUGCCCGAGCGGGACGCUGUCUCCUGGACCGUCAUGGUCGUCGGGCUCAACCGCGCCGGCCGAUUCUGGGACGCUGUGAAGACGUUCCUGGACAUGGUCGGUGAAGGGCUUGCGCCGUCACAGUUCAUGCUCACGAACGUGCUUUCAUCGUGCGCUGCGACGGAGGCCCGCGGAAUUGGGAGAAAGGUCCACUCCUUCGUCAUCAAGCUGGGCUUGAGCAGCUGCGUGCCCGUGGCCAACUCGGUGCUCUAUAUGUAUGGCAAGUGUGGGGAUGCUGAGACAGCAAGGGCUGUGUUUGAGAGGAUGAAGGUGCGGAGCGAGUCAAGCUGGAAUGCCAUGGUGUCGCUGUACACCCACCAGGGGAGGAUGGACCUUGCUUUGUCCAUGUUCGAGAACAUGGAAGAACGAAGCAUUGUCUCUUGGAACGCCAUCAUAGCAGGGUAUAACCAGAAUGGGCUUGAUGACAUGGCAUUGAAGUUCUUCUCACGAAUGCUGACUGCUUCUUCCAUGGAGCCAGAUGAAUUCACGGUAACGAGUGUCCUAUCAGCUUGUGCUAACCUUCGCAUGCUGAAGAUGGGAAAGCAGAUGCACUCUUAUAUCUUGAGAACUGGAAUGCCGUACAGCAGUCAGAUUAUGAAUGCUCUGAUCUCAACGUAUGCAAAAUCUGGAAGUGUUGAGACUGCAAGGAGGAUCAUGGACAAGGCAGUGGUUGCUGAUCUGAAUGUUAUCUCCUUCACGGCUCUCCUGGAAGGCUAUGUCAAGCUCGGAGACACGAAGCAGGCAAGGGAAGUCUUCGACGUUAUGAACAAUCGAGAUGUCAUUGCCUGGACUGCUAUGAUUGUUGGCUAUGAGCAGAAUGGUCAAAAUGAUGAAGCCAUGGAGCUCUUCAGGUCAAUGAUCAGAAGUGGCCCAGAACCCAACAGCCAUACUCUUGCUGCUGUUCUCAGUGCCUGUGCAAGCUUGGCAUAUCUUGGUUAUGGAAAGCAGAUCCACUGCAGGGCUAUCAGAUCAUUGCAGGAGCAAUCUGUUUCAGUCAGCAAUGCCAUUAUCACAGUGUACGCAAGGUCUGGCAGUGUGCCACUGGCCAGAAGGGUGUUUGAUCAGAUUUGCUGGCGCAAGGAAACAGUUACAUGGACAUCAAUGAUUGUGGCUCUCGCACAGCAUGGUUUAGGAGAACAAGCCAUUGUCCUUUUUGAAGAAAUGCUUCGUGUUGGUGUGAAACCAGACCGUGUAACAUACAUCGGUGUGUUUUCAGCUUGCACGCAUGCUGGUUUUAUAGACAAAGGGAAGAGGUACUACGAGCAGAUGCUGAAUGAGCAUGGCAUUGUACCAGAAAUGAGCCAUUACGCUUGCAUGGUUGACCUGCUUGCUCGUGCCGGCCUGCUCACAGAGGCUCACGAAUUCAUCCAACGGAUGCCUGUUGCACCAGAUACAGUAGUCUGGGGUUCGCUCCUUGCAGCUUGCAGAGUGCGUAAGAAUGCAGAUUUAGCAGAACUCGCAGCAGAGAAGUUGCUGUCAAUUGAUCCUGACAACAGUGGCGCCUACUCUGCCCUUGCCAAUGUCUAUUCUGCCUGUGGGAGGUGGAAUGACGCAGCAAGGAUCUGGAAGCUGAGGAAGGACAAAGCAGUGAAGAAGGAGACUGGCUUCAGCUGGACUCAUGUACAAAGCAAGGUUCACGUCUUCGGAGCAGACGACGUCCUGCAUCCACAGAGGGAUGCAAUCUGCAAGAAGGCUGCUGAAAUGUGGGAGGAGAUCAAGAAGGCAGGAUUUGUUCCCGACCUGAACUCUGUUCUGCACGACGUUGAUGAUGAACUGAAGGAAGAGUUGCUGAGCCGCCACAGUGAGAAGCUUGCCAUUGCAUUCGGUCUCAUCAGCACGCCAGAAAAGACAACACUGCGGAUCAUGAAGAACCUGCGGGUGUGCAAUGACUGCCACACGGCAAUCAAGUUCAUCUCCAAAGUCGUGGAUCGCGAGAUCAUAGUGCGAGAUGCAACGAGAUUUCAUCAUUUCAGAGAUGGGUACUGCUCAUGUAAAGAUUAUUGGUAGGAAAACUGGUCUGGGAUCCUUUUCUUCUUUAAAUAAAAAGGUUUAUUAACUGAAGGCCGACUGAAGAUCACGGCAACAAGUUCAGAUACAAAUGGCACAAACGCACAAGCAUAAAAGGCAACCAGUCAGCAACAUGGAGUUUGCGAGGACUAACAGGGACUCCCUUGGACUCCCAAAUACUUGACUGGGAAGCAACAAAUUUGUCAAUUAACCAGCUCCCUAGAAGGUGCAUUUAUCUUCAUCACCAUUAAUCAAGUUAACUUCACUCUUGGUGAAAUUGAUUUUAAGUCCAGAUACAAGAACUUCUAGGAGUCCACCGUACACUGCACAAGAAGUUGGCUAUGCCAAGGUCCACUGAAGCGCAGCGAUUUUUGCUGCCUGUUGUUUCUGAAUGUGAAUUUAACAUCACAUCUGCAAUAGAGGACCUGAGCUCCAUGUCUGCGUGGGGCAUCGCCCUUUAAGAGCAACUGACGCAGCGAUUUCCACUGCUAUUGCUCUUCUAGAGGGUUGCUGCUCACCCAGUACCAGUGGUCGGAUUACGGUCUUUACAUCUGGCCCUGCAACAGUUGGUCCAGGGUGUGUGGUGGAAACUGAUCUUGGGAAAGCAAUUCUCAUCCUGAAGAUCCAUCUACAUUUCAGCUGUCAACAAACUUCUCCUGGUAUCCGCAGUUCAUGUACUACUUGCGGAGAUCACAGUUCGUUGAUGUUUUCAACAGCUCUACCGGCGAAACUACUUUCUUCAGGUUGAUGCUGAAUGGGGAGGGAGUUGUGGGGUCUCUAAUCAUGAUCCAGCCUACUCCCUUCGUCCUGUAAUAUAGAGCAUUCUAGUAUUCAAAAAUUGUCUUCAAAUAUAAUGCAUUUUAGAGGACACGAACUAAUUUUACAUUAAAUAUUUUCCAUUUAUCAAUCAAUCACCAUUAAUCA